CACUGGCGGAAGGUCAGCGUCGAACCGGAAGUGAGAGCAGUAACCCAUCCGCCAUUGUGGCACGGAGCAGCGGGGGGAAUCAUCUAACCAUCUAAUCAGACAUUUACAGCGUCCGGGGUGAAUGUUUCCGAGGAAGUCCGGCUCCGUUUACCGUCGAGGACACCUCCGACGAGUCGCCUCCGACCGCGCGUGACCUUAGCGCUCAGGCUAAGUGUGUUUAAAGCCCCGCGCGUGCGUGAAGUCUGAUUGGCUGAAGCCGAAAGGAAGGAAGAGGAUUUAAAAAUAAUAGUGAUAAUAAUAAUAAUAAUAAUCAUAACAAUAAGCGUUAAAGGCGAGAAGAGUGUAGUGAUAAUAACAUCGUCACGCAGCUAAAGGCUCGUGGAGGAGGAUGUCUGCCACAACUGUUGAUCAGAGACCUAAAGGCCAAGGAAAUAAAGUGCAAAACGGUUCGAUGCAUCAGAAGGAUUCUGUAAACGAUGACGAUUUUGAGAAUUACUUAAGCAGCCAGACAAAUCAGAGUAAUAGCUACCCACCAAUGUCUGACCCCUACAUGCCCAGCUACUAUGCCCCAUCUAUUGGAUUUCCGUACUCUCUGGGUGAAGCUGCGUGGUCCACCGCAGGCGACCCGCCUAUGCCCUACUUGACUACCUAUGGACAGAUGAGCAAUGGCGAGCACCAUUUCAUCCCCGACGGAGUGUUUAGCCAGCCCGGUGCUUUAGGCAACACGCCUCCCUUUCUUAGUCAACAUGGAUUUAACUUCUUUCCCGGCAACGCAGACUUUUCCACCUGGGGCACCAGCGGCUCGCAGGGCCAGUCGACCCAGAGUUCAGCAUAUAGCAGCAGCUACGGCUACGCGCCCAGCUCUCUGGGCAGGGCUAUAGCAGACGGACAGGCCGGCUUUGGCAGUGACACGCAGCUCAGCAAGGUUCCUCCCCUGAGCAGCAUUGAUCAAGGCAUGGCCGGGCUCAAGCUCGGAUCUGACAUGGCAUCCGUCACCAAAACUGUCGGUUCUCCUCUUGGAGGAACAGCUGGCAUGAGCAGCAUGGCAGCUAACAGCGUGCCUCCUGUUAGCUCCUCAGCUCCUAAGCCUACAUCAUGGGCAGCCAUAGCUAAGAAACCAGCUAAACCUCAGCCCAAACUCAAGCCUAAGGCCAAUCCAGGCAUGGGAAGUGGUGCCACCAUCCCUCCACCGCCUAUAAAGCAUAACAUGAACAUUGGAACUUGGGAUGACAAAGUUUCCAUCACGAAACCACCACUUGCUCAGCAGAUGUUGCCCCCUCAGCCUCUGGUGCAGCCUCAGAUUUUAGCUCAGCCUCAGCCUUUAUUGCCUCCUCAACCCCAACCCCAGCAGCUCCAGCUUCAGUCCCCUCAACCUCCUCCACAACUUCAACCAGGUCCACCACAUCCUCUCCAGCACCAUCCAUCCCAGCCCGCCCCUCCUCAGCCCCAGCAUCCUCUCCCUCAGCAGAAUGCGCCACCCCAGAACCGUUGGGUGGCCCCGAGGAACAGGAUGGCCACGUUUAACCAGAGCGGGGGGCAGGAGAACUUCGGUCUGGGCCCCGGUGUGCCUCUGAGUGCCUCCCCGUCCGCCCCCGGUGAGCUCCACCCGGUGCUGGAGAAGCUCAAAGCGCUUAACAGCUACAACCCCAAAGACUUUGACUGGAACGUGAAGAACGGACGCGUGUUCAUCAUUAAGAGCUACUCCGAGGACGACAUCCACCGUUCCAUCAAGUACUCGAUCUGGUGCAGCACGGAGCAUGGCAACAAGCGGCUGGACGCAGCGUACCGCUCGCUGGCCACCAAGGGCCCGCUCUACCUUCUGUUCAGUGUCAACGGCAGUGGCCAUUUCUGCGGCGUGGCUGAGAUGAAGUCGCCCGUGGACUACAACGCGUAUGCCGGCGUCUGGUCUCAGGACAAGUGGAAGGGCAAGUUCGAGGUCAAGUGGAUCUUCGUCAAGGACGUGCCCAACAACCAGCUGCGGCACAUCCGCCUGGAGAACAAUGACAACAAGCCGGUCACCAACUCCAGGGACACUCAGGAGGUGCCUCUGGAAAAGGCCAAGCAAGUGCUUAAAAUUAUCGCCACUUUCAAGCAUACCACCUCGAUCUUUGACGAUUUUGCACAUUAUGAAAAACGGCAGGAGGAAGAGGAAGCCAUACGUAGGGAGCGAACUAGAAAUAAACAGUAACCUUCCAGACAUCUGUUCUGCUAGAACUUCAACACUAAUAAUGUAGAACCUUUGAAUUAUUGCCUAACCACAGAGGAAGAACGAGGGUUCUGCUCUAUUUUCUGCUGAAGACCAUGUACGAACACUUUAACACGACAACGACCAUGGACUGUCGAUUUUUGAUGCAUCUGCCCUUAUUCUCAUGACAAAAAAACGCAAAAGAAAGCAACAUUGAUCACGUAAACUGUAUCUUUAAGCACUUUCAGUCCUUCAAAAAGCUUCUUACCGACACCCUUAACUCGCACCGGACUCCUGUUUGGUAUUAACUGACUAACCUGGCUAGUUGGUUUCAAGGAUUUCACCAGACUUAUUUGUAUUUGUAGGUCUUUUCGUUUAUUAUAUUAAUUUUUUUUGUUGUUGUUGUUUGGGUUCUGCACAAAUGCGUGCUCUUGGACGAAACGGAAAGUGUGUAACGACAAAUCUGUACAUCUGUACUUGAAUCUGUGACGCUUUGUGAUCCUCCAUUGCAGUACUGAGGAAAGAAAAGCGCUUUUUUUUUUUUCAGUUUAUUUUAAUUUCUUUUUUUCUUUUCUUCCUACCUGACUGAAUUGAAGCACGAGUUGGACGAGUUGGAAUAAUGUCUGUUUUUGUCACCCCUGCACCCUCCCUCCCUCCAUUUGUGUACCAUAAGAAAAUAAUUAUGCAGCUUGGUGGGACGCCACACGUUAAUGCACAUCAUUUUAUUUUCCCCUCGUUCAUUUCGUUACUGUAAUUGUCAUCCAGAAGUGCAUUUGUCUAAGGAGAACCGUGUACCUCACUCUGAUGCAGGGCCUCGUCCUCGUCGAACCUUCGCCGUGGGUUUCGUCCCCGAACGCAGUGACACUUUUCUCCUUUAGGUGUCUAUCUGAAUAAACAUCCAUGUUGAGCGCUUCCAUGGUUUUGAGUUUUCACUUAACAUAAACAUGGAGGCCCCGAUUUUUUUUUUAUUAGUCCAAAAUUAGUCGUGUUGCAUGAGAGUUACUUUUUUUUUUUUUUUUUUUUUUUUUUUGGCAUUUUGAACCUAUAUUAAAUAUAUAUUGAGCAUUUAUAUUGAGGACAUGCAAAAUAUUAAGAAAAAAUCUAUCUAGGCCUUGAUUAUGAUGAAUGAUUAGAUUAAAAUGCAUUGCUCUGGGUUGAAGUUAGAGAAGAGUGAAAAUGGCCGGUUGCUGGUGGCCCCUGAUCCUCAGCAACAUCUGUGAGUGUUACAGCGCAGCUCACCUCUGGCAUUUCCUGUUUCUUCAUUACAAGCUGCCUUCUUCAUAGGUCCAGUAGGGUUCUGUCCAUGUCUCUCUCUCUCUCUUUCCCUCUCUCUGUCUCGCGCUCUGUGUUGUAAAACGCAGCACCUCAGUCACUUCCACGGCCGGAUUCGCGUUCUGGACGGAGCAGAAGGAUGUCAACCCCUGCAACAAGAAGCAUCUCUCCCUCCUCUUCCUCCUCCACUCCUCGUCCUCUUCCUCCUCUUCCUCCCCGUGUGUUUGAUUUGUGGCCAUGUUUGUAUGGGUUACUGUAAAUCGAUGCUUCGUAAUGAUGCUAAUGCUAAUUGCAUUAUGAUGUGAUUAAUUAAUCUGAUUUUAAAAAUAAAUAUAGAUUUAUUGAAACUGAAAA